AUGGCGGCCUAUGCAGCUCUACUCUCUCUCAAGCAUAUCAUCGAACAGAUUCAGCUUCAUCCUCGCCCUCCAAUUUCUCUUCACCAAAACCAAGUUGAUUCUCUCACCGACAACCUCAAUUUCUUGCAAGAUUUUCUUGAAGUUUAUUCAUGCGGCGGUGGCAGCAGCAGCAGCAGCACAGAAGCAGCAGAUGUCUUGGAAAACCGCAUUGCAGAUGCAGCUCAUGCGGCAGAAGAUAUAAUCGAAACCCGAAUUGUGGAUCAAAUUCUCGGUGGCGAAAGAAUCAGUUCCGAUGAGUUGUAUCAAGGUCUAGAGAAGUUGAUCCAAGACAUGGGUUUUAUCAAGAAAGAAUUAAUGGAGAAUAAAGAGAAGAAUAUUGGAAUAAUCGAAGAUCAUCUGCACUUAAAUUCUCCCACGCUUGGAGGUUCGUCAAGUUCUCCUUCAACGAGGCAGAACGCCGUGGUUGGUCUUGACGAUCUCUUAAUUGAAGUAAUGGAUAAGCUCACCGGACAACCAUCUAAUCUCCGCAUAAUCCCGAUUGUUGGAAUGGGCGGCAUUGGUAAGACUACUCUUGCUAGAAAUUCUUAUGCUAAGCCACUCAUUAUGCAUCACUUUGAUAUCCGUGCUUGGGUUACAAUAUCUCAAAACUAUAAUGUGCAAGAAAUUCUUAUAGAAAUUCUUCUUUGUAUAAGAAAAGACGAGAGCCGAGAAAUCUUGAGUUCGAAGAAUGAAGGUGAAUUAGGUGAAACAGUACACAAAAAUUUAUGGGGCAGGAGAUAUUUGAUUGUAUUGGACGAUAUUUGGAGUGUUGAGGUAUGGGAUAGAGUGAAUUUUUUCUUUCCUGACAAUGGUCAAGGAAGUAGAAUAGUGAUAACCACUAGGCUAUCAAAUGUUGCUUCGAUUGGCUCUCGUGGACUUGAAAUGAAUUUCCUAGAUGAUGAUAAAAGUUGGGAUCUACUGUGCAAAAAUAUAUUUGAGAAAGAAGAAGACUGCCCUCAUGAAUUGGAGGAAAUCGGAAAGAAGAUUGCAAAAAAUUGCAAAGGACUUCCUUUGUCGAUUGUUGUGAUUGGAGGACUCCUAGCAAAUUCCAAGCAUACAACAGAACAUUGGAAAUAUAUUUCGGAAAAUUUAAACUCGAUUGUACAUUUAGAAGACAACGAGCGUUGCUUAAAAGUAUUGCUUUUGAGUUAUAACCAUUUGCCGGUACACCUCAAGCCAUGUUUUCUGUAUAUGGGAGUUUUUCCCGAAGAUAGGAAAAUCCAUGUCUCCUGGCUCGUAAAAUUAUGGGUUUCCGAAGGAUUUCUGAAACCAAUUAGCGGCAAAAGCUUGGAAGUGGUUUCGAGAGAGUAUUUAGAGGACCUUUGUGACAGAAAUCUCAUUAGAGUUCAUCAAAGAGGGUCUAAUGGGAAAAUAAAAUUUUGCAACAUACAUGAUCUCUUGAGGGAAGUAUGCUUAAGAGAAGCUGAGAGAGAGAAGUUCCUUUACGUCCCAAGAAAGCAUAGCCUCAACAUUGCACAAGGCAUAAAUACGCAACGCCGCAUUAUUAUUCAUCAAAGCGAAUCGGAGACUGGAUAUCUCCUUGACGUCCUGCAAGUGAACAAUACGUUGAUAUCUGUGCCCCUUGCCCGUUCAUUGAUGUGCAAAUUUAUGCUUUUACCAUCACACCCCGGAUCUAAUUAUAGAUUGUUGAGGGUGCUGAAAGUAGUUGAUAAACAUUCAUAUUCUGGCUAUCAUGCGUCAGAUUCCAUAGAAGCUGUUCUUCAGCUAGUUAACUCGAGGUUCCUUGCCAUCGGAGCUGAUUGGCAGAAUUUCAGAUUUCCUUCUUCAGUGUAUCUCCUUUGGAAUCUACAAACUUUAAUCGUUAAGGAUAUGUUUUACGCUGUCGCACCAUCCGAAAUUUGGAAGAUGACUCAACUAAGGCACAUCGAGUUCGGUCUACUUGAUCUGCCUGAUCCUCCUCUUGGUGGUGACGACGACUCUGUCUUGGGGAAUCUACAGACGCUCUUGAAAAUAAGAAAUUUCAAAUGUGGAGAAGAGGUAGUUAAGAGAAUCCCCAACGUCAAGAAAUUACAAAUAUGUUAUCUUGAGGAAUUCGAGGGAUGUUCAAGUUACUCUCUCAAUAAUCUUGUCCGUCUACAUAAACUUGAAUCCUUUAGCUGCUUCUUUUAUUCCCAAAAGAAACCACACCGGAACGAUUUGCUGCGGAACUUGAUCCUCCCGAAUUCCAUCAAGAAGUUGGCUCUGAGGGGGACCAAUCUAUACUGGGACGACAUGAAGACAAAGAUAGGUUUGUUACCCAAUCUUCAAGUACUCAAACUGCAAUAUAAUUCCUUUGUAGGACCCGAGUGGGAAACCGUUGACGGGCAAUUCUGCAACCUAAGAUUCUUGCAAAUCUACACGUGUAGUGAUCUGGAAUGGUGGACAAUGACAGACAGCUCCCACUUUCCACGCCUUGAGCAUCUUGUUCUCUGUAACAUGGAUAAGUUGAACGAGAUGCCGUCGUGUAUUGGAGAAAUACCUACGCUUCAAUCCAUUGAGUUGAAAAAUUGUAGCGACUCAACUAUCAUCUCUACUAGAAGAAUAUUGGAGGAACAAGAGGAACUCGGCAAUGUAGGCCUUCGAGUUCGAGUUAUCUUAUUCAAUCAAGAACACUUGGAGAGCUUGGCUAGUCCCAAUUUUCAAAUUGAAGAAUCUCGGUAA